UUAUUAGCAGCAGUAGUAUUAUUAUUAGCAGUAGUAGGAUUAUUAUUAGCAGUAGUAUUUUCUUGCACUUGUCAGGUCUGUUGUAAGGUUGUGUGCAGUACGCUGUCUGAAUGUAGGUCGCAUGUUAAAUCCCUGUGUACUCUUUCCAUUUAGAAAACAUUAAAAUCGUCGUAACACACUGAAACUGUUCCCAGACCCGCGGUUCACCGCCUCCUCUCGUCUUUUUGCCCGGUUCCACGUACCCACCACGUCACUUCCUGUUUGACGAUGAUGGCGGUGGAUUUGACUCCGAGGUUUAGAAGGCUGAAUAGUCAAACGAGAUGUUUUAACGAAAAGAAACACCCAACAGGACCGUUUAGAGCGACACAGCUGUGGCGUAACAUCGUAGAGGCCUUACAGACGCAGGUGGAGGUCAGGCGUCGCCGGCAGCACUUGCGAGUGCACCGAGACUGCUUCACCGGCUCUGAUGCUGUCGACGUGGUUCUCAGCCACCUCAUGCAGAACAUCUACUUCUGCACCAGUGACGUGACACGCCUCAAGGCUGUCAGGCUUUGCCAGGCUCUCAUGGACGCCCGAGUGUUCGAACCCGUUGGUGUGAAGCUCUUUCGCAGGGAAAAAGAGCUGGCCUUCGAGGACUCCGGCUGCAGUCUCUACCGCUUUCUGGAUUCCGACGGCCUUCCGGGAUCAGCUAAGCGCAACACCGGUAUGGAGAAUGAAUCACCUGUGAACCAAACUGGAAAGAAGAAGAAGGGGUCCAGGUUUGAUGACUUAAGGACCAUCUCCAACCCCUUGGCACUGGGAUCCUCAGACAGACGGGUGGAGAGAAUACUGAAAACCAUUAACCUCCAGCCGUCGAUGCCUUCUGGUCUGAAUCGUGUUGGUUUAUCAACUACCUACCUCUCAAAGCAAGUGGUACAGGAAGUGUGGAAACAGCAAACCCUCCUCCAGCUGUUGCAGUUAGUGGAGGUGCCCAUGUUAGACUGCGUCCUGACAUCACCCUCCAAACCUGCUCCUCUUCGCACGCGUUUGCUAAGGAACCAUGACCUGGUCAUCUCCAACACCUGCUUGGACCGGGAAGUGUCCCAGGUCCUCAACCUGCCAGAACUGGACUCGUGGCUGAUGGCGGCUGCAGACUGUCUGGAGCUGUUUCCGGAUGAGGUGAUAGUGGCGAUAGGAGAGCAGCUGCUUCAGGUCCAUGCUGAGGAGGGAGACGAGAGGCUGGGCGCCUACAAGAAACUGUUAUUCGACACCAUAGCCAAGUACUACAACAGUCAGGAGAGAGUUCCCCUGAUGGCUGGACGUUACCUGGACAUCCACGCGGGCAUCCUUAAGCUACUCGACUCAGGUAGGGUUGAGGAUGCUCUAAAGGCGUCUCAGCUGUGUCUGCAACUUUUGGACGCCAGCUCUAGGAACGAGUUGCGCAGACUCCUGACCUUCAUGGCUGAAGCCGCAGACCCCAAGGCCUUCCAGCUACACAAAACGAUGGAGAACAGGUCUCUGAUCAGCAGGACAUUCAUGAAGGCUGUGCUUCAGAGUAAAGACGUGUCUCGGGUUCAGUCUGAGCAGCUCCUACUGUUUCUCACGGACCACCGUUUACACCUGUUCAAGAUGCCGGCGUCUCUGAUCGAGGCGGUGACGAAGGCCCUGCGAACCCUGCAGCAAGGCCAGGAUCCGAACAGCGUAGCACCGUUCGCCUUCUGUCAGCAGAUGUCGACACGUCAGUUUGAGGAGCGACGAGAGAAGACCACCUUCGAGAGCCUGAAACAGCUCGCUGAGCAUAUCACACUCAGUAACGAGCUGUCGAUCAAACAGAAGAGGCGGCUCAUCAAGGAGUUUCAGAAGCACCACCCAGCAGUGUUUCUCCACCAUUUCUCCUCCACCUUCUAGAACACGCACUUAUGCUUUAAACGGAAACUGCUCUAGUUUAGUACGCAAGCCUAAUCCAGUAGAAUAACACUGGCGAAUCGAUAGUCGUGUCGAAUUGUUUGUCCUGCAGCUGCACUGCGCACAUUCAGUUCUGACAGGAAAUCGAUAUCGCAGAAAUGCACUUAGCUAGAACUCAUCAUUCUUAAAACCCAGCCCCUUUUUACAGUGACGCUGCGCUUCGGCGGCUGAUCACCUGCGCCGAUGGUCACGAAAGGUAAUCCGCCACACCCACACACACCAGUGCGGUGAUCAAUUGCCUUAAUAUUAUUAUUAUUAUUAUUAUUAUUAUUAUUAUUAUUAUUUAGUCAUGUCUCAUGUUAUGAUCAGGAAAAUAUGGUCCUAAAUGUUGCAACGGUAUUUUUAGUUGCUAGCUGUACUGUAGAAGCAUUUCUCUAAGCUCAGAUGAAAUAUACUCUAACGGCAGUUGUUCAGCUUGAUGGGGUUUUUUUAGGUACACUAUCGUCACUGUUUCUGUACAGUCUUUCCUUCUUUUUUGCCAAACCUCCACAGCUGAGAAUUACUUGAAUGGAUAAUAAUCAGGGAUGUGCUCAUUUAAACAAAAAAUUUGUAUUAAUUAAUUAAAUAGUUGAGUCAGGUUUCAUUAGACAGUAAAAGUAGUAGAUCCACUGGAUGGUAAAUGUAGAAAUUUUUAUGCCUUAAAAUGUAUGAUCUUUGCAGUGUCGGUGGUAAUUUGUGGUUUUCUAACGUAGAAAGUGAUCUCUUUUGUGAAAUGUAGUCUACUUUAAUUUAUUAGAACCAUUCAUGACACUAACGCUUACAUUGUGAAUGUAGAAAACGAAUUGUAUUUUCUGUUUGAAAAGAGUUUUAACACUAUACAUGCUUUCUGAUUAAAGUGAUCGUAGAUUUUGUGAAGAUUUGAAUGGUUAUACAAGGGUGCAGAAAUUGUAUGAGAAAAUAAUCAGAGCCGGCAUAGGUGGUAGAGUAAUAAUAAGGUUGUGUUAUUGCAUUAAAAAAAAAGUCUGUCGACACUUGACCAUCGCAGCCAUAUGUGCUUGUCAAACAUCUUAUUACAGAUUCACUGUUUUAAUAAGCUCCGCACUAGAUUUUGGAGCGUGGCUGUGGGGAUUUGUGAUCAUUCAGCUACAAGAGCAUCAGUGAGGUUAGGUACUGAUGUUAAGUGAGGAGGUCUGGGUUGCAGUCAGUGUUUCAGUUCAUCCCAAAGGUGUUCAGUGGUGUUAGGGUCAGGGCUCUGUGCAGGACACUUAGGUUCUUUCACUCCACACUUAGCAAACCAUGUCUUCAUGGAGCUCAAUUUGUACGCAGGGGCAUUGUCAUGCCGGAACAGGUUUGUGUAUCUUAGUUCCACUGAAGGGAAAUCGUAAUUCUACAGCAUACAAAGACUUUCUAUGCAAUUGUGUAGCAACAGUUUUGGGGAAGAACAACAUACAGGUGUGAUGGUCGGGUGUCCACAUACUUUUGGCCACACAAUGUGGAAGCACUUCAAAUUUCUGGGAUGUAUUCGAAAUAUAACCAGGAUUCAGUGUAUUAGUUUUCCUAUUGUUUUGUUUUGUUUUGUUUUGUUUUCAAGUUGGAGAUGCUGUAAGUGUCUAUACAUGAUUUUGAAUAAAUAUUGCUGAAAUAAAAAUUUGUA